ACCGCCCCCUCGGUCCCAGCCUGCACCGCCCCCGCGCUGGGCGGGCUCCGCGCGCUUAUUCGGCUGGGGGCAGCGCCGCUGCGGGCCAUCCGCCGGCCGCCGCUGCGGGAUGCUGCGCUCCACGUCCACCGUCACCCUGCUCUCGGGCAGCGGCGCCGGGGCGCCCAGCAGGAGGGCGAAUGUCUGCAGACUGCGGCUGACCGUCCCCCCCGAGAGUCCGGCCUCAGAGGCAGGUCAAAAGAAGACUGAAAGAAAAGAACAACAGCCUGACCUAAGCAAUGGGGAGUCCACCAGGAAACUUCCUCAGGGUGUUGUCUAUGGUGUGGUGCGGAGAUCGGAUCCAAAUGAGCAGAAGGAAAUGGUGGUGUACGGGUGGUCCACCAACCAGCUGAAAGAAGAGAUGAACUACAUCAGAGACGUGAGAGCCACUUUGGAAAAAGUAAGGAAGCGAAUGUAUGGAGACUAUGAUGAAAUGAGACAGAAGAUUCGACAGCUCACCCAGGAAUUGUCAGCUUCCCAGGCUCAGCAGGAGUAUCUCAAGAAUCACAUCCAGACACAGUCGUCAGCCCUGGACAGUUUUAAUGCCACGAACUCGGCCUUAACGUCGGACUCCAUCGGCCUACAGAAAACCCUGGUGGAUGUUACUUUGGAAAAUAGCCACAUUAAGGAUCAAAUGAGAGACCUGCGGCAGACCUAUGAAGCCUCCGUGGGCCAGCUGCGGGAAAAGCAGAGGCAGUUGGAGGUGGCGCAGGUCGAAAACCAGCUGCUGAAAAUGAAGGUGGAAUCCUCCCAGCAAGCCAAUGCGGAGGUGAUGAGAGAGAUGACCAAGAAGCUGUACAGCCAGUACGAGGAGAAGCUGCAGGAGGAACAGCGGAAGCACAGCGCCGAGAAGGAGGCUCUCCUGGAAGAAACCAAGAGUUUUCUGAAAGCAAUUGAGGAAGCCAAUGAAAAGAUGGAAGCGGCGGAGAUCAGCCUGGAGGAGAAGGACCGGAGGAUCGGAGAGCUGGACAGGCUGAUUGAGCGCAUGGAAAAGGAACGUCAUCAGCUGCAGCUCCAGCUCCUGGAGCAUGAAACGGAAAUGUCAGUGGAAAUAAUGGACUCUGACAAGGAAAGGUAUCAGCAGCUGGAGGAGGCAUCGGCCAGCCUCCGGGAGCGGAUCCGGCACCUGGACGACAUGGUGCAUUGUCAGCAGAAGAAGGUCAAGCAGAUGGUUGAGGAGAUCAUGUCACACGAGCUCUUCUCCAGAUUUAGUCUCCGGUUCUUUGGAAGAUGAUAAAAUGGUAGCCUGGGUUGGACGCAAUUCCUUUUACUGUUCGAGAUUAGAAGAACACUUGUCCUCUGCUGGGAAGAGGUGGCAUGUCUCUCUGUGAGAAGCCGAUGAACGAAACGGAAGGACAUGCUGUGGAAAGGAAACUUUGACCACGUAGGGCUUUCAUUUGUGAAAACACCACACACCCUCACUGCCACUUGUCCAACCUCACGCUGCAGACUCCUGAGAACUCAAGGGAUAUUUUUAGAAGCUUGGGUUCCUAGAUCUCAAACAAAGAGCUGCUGUGAAAAAUAAUACUAAAAAAUAAUUCAGGAACUGCCAGGUGGAGGCUGGUGCUAAGAUCUUGGAAAAGGAAGCCUCCCUUCUGGAAAGCUGCUGAGGACACCUGCUAAGGAGGGGACGCAGGCUUGAAGAACUCAAGUGCUCCGGGAAGGAAGUGUUCCCCACCAGAUCACCCCCACAUAACACGGAAGCGGCCAAGUAUCCGUGGGGUUUGGUUAUAUUUGCAUGUGGGAAGUGGCCCUCAGGUGUCCUCUUGGAAUGGAGAUCCAAAGCGCUAGUCAAUGUAGCAUUCUCUUUGUUGAGGCCGGGUUUGGUUUGCUUUGUAUCUCCAUGGGUGUUCUGCCCAUAUAGACUGUUCAGCUAACUUUGUGGAAAGGAGAGGUCUGUCUGAAGGAAAGAGAAAUGUAUUUGGUCGAAAUAUAUUGAAGCGAAAUAUGCUCCAUGCCUGCUUCAUUUUUAUAGAGAUCUUCUUGAGGCAAGCCACAGGGCCUGGUCAGUCAUGAAAACUUUACAGUGUUACUAAAGACUGGUAGAGGUAGCAGCGGCAGCUGUGGUGGUGGUAAUGCGUGGGUUACCCUGAUGAGCUGGCAGCCUGGGCUGAGGGAGUGGCUUCAUUAGGGGACAGGAUGUUACUUAGGCGCUGGAUGGGUCCCCGCCCCCACUUCCCGUGGCAGAGUGGGCAGGUAAAAUGGUUUCUGUCAGUAUUUAUCUUUGGUCUCUCAUUCAGGUGCUUCUGCCCCAUGAUAGCAAGUAGGCAGUGGAUGGCAAAGGAAGCCUGGGAUUCUUAAGGCUACAGUUUUGUCCCUUGGCUCCUCACAUCCCCGCCCAAAGGAGGAGUUACUCAGAUGUUUGAAGCAGAAUUUACUUAGAGUAAAUAAAAACAUGACAGUUUAAAAUGUUCAUAUUUGACAUAUUAGUCACUUCUUUAUUUUAAAAUCUUAGACACCUUAUCUAAAAUGUGAUGUUUUAAGAAGGUAUCAGAAAACUCACCGUGUGUGUGAAGCUUUUCUUUCCCUAUCUGUUAUGGAAAUAUUGCAGGUUUCUUUUAUGACACCUGCUGAUUAAUAUAUUCAGGAUAUAAACCAUCCUUUUAAGGGACGAAGUCUUUUCUUUGUAAUUGUCACUGACUUCACCUUCUCUUUGUUGAGUUUGUUUGCGAUUGGCUGUGAAAUAUUUCUUGGAGACCUGGGUGCCUAUGUUCUACCCGUAGAGUUUGUGAGGUUGCACUCAUGUUCAAGUCACUAUCAGCUACUGAAAGUUUCUCAUGCCUCUUGGCCAUGUGUCUAGACCUAACAUUCCCACAUUCAUCCUCGUAUGGGGCAUAUGAAUAGCAUAGUUUUUUGGGGUGGGGGGGCACAGAAAACUGAAACUUAGACUCUUGAAUAAUAAGUAGCUGGCAGUCUCUCAGCAAAUGAUGAUGGUGUUGGGGCCACAAUAAGAUCUUUGGCUCCAAAGGCAGUGUUCCCUCUUUGCUUCUCAUUUUUGUGUAUUUUUUUAAUUUGAAAAAAAAAAUUGCAAUAUGAAAAAUGAUAGAGAGUAGUAAAAAAAAAAAGACACAGGUACUCUCCUCUAGAAGUGCCAAAAUGUUAACAUCUUGGCAUAUUUCAGAUUUUUUCCAAGUAAAAUAAAAAAGUAGAAGGAGGUUCUUUUUAUUCCUCUGGUCUUUUCCCUUCUUCCCCACUCCCUCCCUCUUCAAAAGCCAUUUGGUCUCCAUCUAGGCCACGUUUUGGUGUUUUUACAGCAUACGUAUGUACCUAUUAUCAGUGUUUAGCCUCAUGUAUGUGUUUAAAAAUGUAUGUCCAUCUUUGUUUAUAAUCUCCAAGUAAGUAGAUUUUAUUGUAUAUAGUAUUCAACUUACUCUUUUCCCCAGUUUUGUUUUUGUUUUUGGUGGUGUUGCCUAUGGAGCUACACUAUUUAUUUUAAUGGAUCUCUAAUAUUUCAUUGAAUUAAUGUAACGUUAUGUGUCCUAUUGACAGAUGUUUGACUUGUUUCCAGAUUUUUGUUCUUUUACAAACAAUGCCAAGCAGUCUCCUUGCUUCUGUUGUUGGGGAACGUGGCUGGAGGAGGACCUGCUUGGGCCUUGGGUCAGCACAGUUUCCCCUUCAUUAGAUACUGCCCAGUUGGUCUCCGGAGGGGGCGCCCACUUCCACCCACCGGGAGUGUGGAUUUCCCCACAUCCUCACCACCUCUUGGCGCUGUUGGACCAUAAUUUUAGCUGGCUGUGAAAUAGUACCUCUUUGUUUUGAUUGUAAUUUGCUCCAGCCGGAUUACUGCUCAUGGCUCCGGGUGCCUCUGAGCAUCCUUUCAUCAGUGUGUUGACCAUUCAGUCUUCCUCCCCUUUCAUGAGCUGGCUGUUUCUAUCUCUUGUGCACUUUCCCAUAUGGUGAUCACUUCUGCUGCUGAAUUGUCGGGACUCUGCAUACUGCAAUACUGAUCAUUUGUCACAGUGUUUCUUCGCCCAGCCAAUGUGUUUCUUUGUUUAUGGUAUCUUGUGUAAGGCACACAUUUUACAUAAACUGGCUAAUGCUUUGGUGCUGUGUCUUGGGUCUUGUUUGUUUGCCAUCUAUCUAUCUAUGUAUAUAUAGUAUAUAUAUAAUGUAUAUAUACAUCCUCAUGUAUAUAUACAUAUAUAUACAUUUUUAAUUAACAUAUAAUGUAUUAUAAACCCCAGGGGUACAGGUCUGUGAAUUGCCAGGUUUACACACUUCACAGCACUCACCAUAGCACAUACCCUCCCCAGUGUCCAUAACCCCACCACGCUCUCCCUACCCUCCCUCCUCCGGCAACCCUCAGUUUGUUUUGUGAGAUUGAGUCUCUUAUGGUUUGUCUUUCUCCCAAUCCCAUUUUGUUUCAUUUUUUCCUUCACUACCCCCCAAACCCCCCAUGUUGCGUCUCAACUUCCUUGUAUCAGGGAGAUCAUAUGAUAAUUGUCCUUUUCUGAUUGAGUUAUUUCACUUAGCAUAAUGCUCUGUAGUUCUAUCCAUGUCGUCACAAAUGGCAAGUUUUCAUUUCUUUUGAUGGCUGCAUAAUAGUCUAUUGUUUGUAUGUGUGUGUGUGUGUGUGUGUGUGUAUAGAUCACAUCUUCUUUAUCCAUUCAUCUGUGCCAUCAGGAUAUCUUUGUGAUCAUUUUAGAGUUUUGUUUUUCGUCUUUAUGGUUUAGUUACAACCCCUACCACACUCAUAGCCUUUAUCUUCUCUUACUCUUUUCCUCCAUACACUUACAUCCUAGAAUAGAUAUACUGCAUUUCUCUGUUUCGCUUACUUGUUUGUUGUCUGCUUGCCCCCACUAGAAUGUAAGCUCCACAAGGGCAGUGGCUUUUCUCUGUUUUGCUCUUGGCUAGACUCCUAACAUCUGGAACAGUCACUGGUGUAUAGUAGGUGUUCAAUGAAUGUUUGAUGAACAAAUAAAGAAUAAUCCAUGUGGAAUUUAUUUCUCUGUA